AAAAGGGCGAAGAACCUCGAACAACCCCCCUCCUCCUCUUCCCGCCUCCUCCACUCUGGAAAUCCAAUAAAGCGGGAAAAACCCAUCACAGAAACAAACAAGGGAAGAAGGCAGCGAAGAGGAGAGAAGAGAGGAGGAGGAGGAGGGAGAGGAAUGCGAUGGCAUCGUCCGCGAUGAGGAAGGGCACGUUCAGUGGGGCGAACGUGUUCCUCUCCCGGAGCUUGGUCGCUCCCGAGGUGUUCGACGCCCUUCACGACGCCCUCCGCCUCAACGGCGCCCAGGUCUUUCUCUGCUGCGAUCCCUCCCGCUCCAGCCCCAACGACUACCAUGUCAUCUCCUCCCCCGACCAUGAGAAGUUCGAGGAUCUGAGAGUCAAGGGUUGUAAUCUUCUGGGGCCACAAUGUAUUCUCUCUUGUGCCAAAGAAUGUCGGAUUUUGCCUAAACAAGGCUACACCUGUUGCCUUGCAAUGGAUGGAGUAAAAGUGCUUGCAUCUGGAUUUGAGAAGGAAGAUAAGGUUAAGAUUGAACAGCUAGUGACGGCUAUGGGAGGAGCAUUGCAUUCCAAAGCAUCUCUCGAUAUUAACUUUGUCGUUGUAAAGAAUGUUUUGGCUGCUAAGUACAAAUGGGCUUUCAAUGUUCUUAAGAAACCUAUUGUCAACAUGAGCUGGUUGACUCAAUGCUGGACUGAACAUCGUAUUGUGCCUCAAGAGCCUUACAGGAUUCUCCCUUUUACUGGCCUGAAUAUUUGUGUCACUAGAAUUCCUGCAGAUGAGAGGAAGGAGAUGGAAAAGCUGAUUGUACAGAAUGGUGGCCAUUAUUCAGCUGAUCUUACCAAGAAAUGCACUCAUUUGGUUUCAGAUGCUCCUGUGGGUGACAAAUACAUGGUUGCCAGAAGGUGGGGUCAUAUUCAUAUUGUUACUCGAAGAUGGGUUGAUCAAUCUAUUGCUAGAAAAGCUUGUCUAGAUGAGGGGCUAUAUCCUGUUCAUGGAAACUCUGUUUCGCAUAAUGAGGUGAAAGGCUCCCAGAAGGAACAAAAAUACCAAGAUCACAGUACUGCAACUUCACAACCUAUACCACCAACAAUGAUUGAGGACCCAGAAGCUACUUUGUCCCAAAACAUAUCAUCGUCAUUCUCGGAUGCUACUAAGGUCAACAAUGAGGGCACUGAUUCUCCUGCCUUAGAGAUGAAGGAUGAAGCAAAAUUUGAAUCUCAUAUUGCUGAGGACUCUGAAACAGAAGAUAAUGACCUUUAUUUGUCAGAUUGCAGAAUUUUUCUAGUGGGUUUUGAGGAAAGGGAACUGUCUAAACUAGUCGCUAUGAUACGUAAAGGUGGGGGAUCUCGACAUAUGUUAUUGAGUGAAAAGCUGACGCACAUUAUAAUAGGUGUGCCGUCAGAGGUUGAAAAGAAAGAGGUACGGCGCUUAGCAGCUUGGGGUGUCAUCAAUAUGGUAAAGUCUGCCUGGCUGGAAGAAUGUGAUCGGGCAAAGAAAGAACUUCCUGUAUCCCCCAGGCAUAUUGCAUCUGAGCUUCUUUUUCCAAAAGAUUCGACGUGCAUUCGUGUGGAGCCAUCUACAAAUGCUUGUGGUAUCAAGAAGGUGAAAAGCUUUGUUAGCGUUCCUCAUGUGCCGGUGGUUCAUGUCUCAGAGGAUAAGAAUUUUGAAGCAGUUGUUAUUAGGAAGAAAAAAGGAAAAGACAUGACCGAAAAUGGUUUAGGUGGUAGCAGCUUAGUGGAAUUAGCUACUAAAUCUGGACAAUCAAAUCAUUUCCAUGCAUCAAACAGUGUGAAUAAGGAUAGGUGCAGAUCUAGUUCUGGAACUAUGGACGUUCAAAAUGUCAAAGCUUCAAAUAUUUUCAGGGGAAGAACAUUCUGUUUUUCAACCUUGUUUCCACAAGAUCGGAGGGCUCAGAUUAUUGAGUGGAUCAAGCAAGGAGGAGGUGUAAUAGUUGAUAAUCAACGUAGGAUGAAGGUGCAUUUCAUCAUUGAGCGCCAUGGUGUAUUGCAGAUUCCUCCAGAUGUUCCUGAGUCUACUGUUGUUUCCACUCACUGGAUACGCUGCUGUUUAGAGGAAGGCUGCUUACAGGAUGUUGGGGGCCACAUUAUCUACUCUCCACUGCGCUGCCACAUUCCGCUGCCUGGGUUUGAAAGCCUCCGAUUCUGCAUCUCGCAGUAUGAAGCAAAAGACAGGCUAUUACUGAGAAAUCUGUGCUUUACUUUAGGAGCUAAAUUUACAGAAAAGCUGACCAAAAAAGUAACCCAUUUGUUAUGUAAGUUUACCAGUGGUCCGAAGUAUGAAGCUGCCUGUAAUUGGGGGAUUCAAUCAGUUACCGCUGAUUGGAUCACUGAGUGUAUUAAACAGGAUACGAUAGUUGCUUUAGAUCCAUUUCUACCCAAACCAGCUACCUCUCAGGACAGGGAAGCAGGUCUAUGCACAAUCAGUCAAUAUCCAACACAGGCAGCUUGUAUGGUUUCUGGAGUUGUUCCAUCUCAGUUGCUUAGCGAGUCCCAAGGGGCAGUGGAUAACUCGAAGCAAAAUUCUGGCAUUAUGAAUGACAGCCUCUGUGAAGAACCAGAGCAUUUGAGUACUUUUGGCAAAAGGUCCAGGUUGUCAGAAUGUACUACUAGUAUUGAUGCAUCCAAGAAACACAAAGUACCAGAAAAUCUAUUGGUUGGUUCUAAUGCUGUUCCUGAUGUGGCAGAUGCCAUAGAGGACCUACUAGCUCAAUCCGCUAAGAUCCAAGACAUGAGGUCACCUGGAAGGUCUGGGUGUGAUCGAAGUAUAUACUCACAUGAUCAUACUAUCCUUGGUCAAGAUAAUGAAAAUUCUCACUCAACCUUUGGGAUUUCACGGCAUUGGUUAAGCAGGCCCCAGAAACAGGAUACUGUUCCUAACACUACUGUUCAUGAUGGAAAUACUGGUGCUUAUGAUGCUUUCAGUGAGACGCAGACAGAGUCUCAGGUGGUUGGGUAUGAAGAAGAUUUGUCGGGCCGGCAAAAGAUAAUUGAUAGAGUUAGAUCUCAAAGCAUGACUCUUACUCAAGACAGAGGAAAUGAAUUUUAGUGUGCCUGUGGUAGUAAGGUAAUGCAGAUCAAUGUAAAUCUUAAGUUGACAAGCUUUCCAUCUCCCCAAGGUCUAUAAGAAUUGGCCUCUUGAUGGACAAAAACAAUACCGCCUUCGACUUGUACUCAUGGGGCUCAGAGAUACAUCCUGCUGUUUAUGCUUGAGCAGAAAUGGACUUUAAGUUGAGCAAGAAUGAUAGUAUCUCUGGUCGUUUUGUAUGCGUCUUGGUAACCAAGAUCGUUCAUUGAUGUUAGUUUUUCAUCUUUUGUGUUGGUUAAGCAGUUGUUGCCGAUCCAGAUCCUGGACACGCAUACAAGACAUGAAAAAUGUUAUGAGCACCUUGUAGAUUGUUUCUUCCCAUGAGGGUGAGGCAGUGAGAUGUCUUUGUUUCCAAGCGAUUAUAUCUGACUUGCUAGGAUGGCAAAGUGGAAAAUGUACUAUGAAUUUAAAGUCUUUGAUGCCAGUCUGCCUUUGUUAUUAUGCUUA